UGCAUCCACACUACCCCAAAUUUGACCCGGUGAUGAUGAUUUCAGCGCUAAUCCUCUCAUCGGAGAGGAGUACCGAAAUCGAUUUUAAGCGCCCUUUAAGUCGACAAAAAUGGCUUCAUUGUGUGGACUGGUGCAGGGUUAAAUCGAUCUAACGCUGCUAAAUUCGACCUAAACUCGUAGUGUAGACCAGGGCUUAGUAAAAAGAUGGCUCUGCGGGAAAAGAUGCUGUGGCAGCCAACUUCCUUUGUAUUUAAUUUUGGUUUUCAGAAAUUAGUUUAUUGUGCCUCUAGUUUUUAAUACUUAACGCUUUUAAUACUACCGUGAGAUCACAUACAUUAGUGAGUCAUUUACUGCCAGUGAAAAACACACUUCCCUUCAGUUAAAUGAGCCCUUUAAAGCCUGGUCAUAAAUCUUUGCAGGAUCAGGGCCACAGAUAGGAGUAGGAGGCACCUGCCCUGAAGAAUUCACAAUCUAAAUAGACAAGACAGACAAACGUAGGAGAAAUAUCAAAUGGGGAUAAUACUUCCUGUGAGGGUUGAACUUGAGCCACAGAGAAAUUAAGUAAUUUAUCCCAGAUCCCAUAAGAAGAGUCUGUGGCAAAGCUGGGAAUUGAUGACAGAUCUUUUGAGUUCUAUUCCCUGUGCCUUGACCACAAGAUCACACUUUCUCUCACACAAGUCUGCCUUAUAUCAAUUCAGAACUAUUUUUUAAUCUUCAGUAAAAAAAAAACAAAAAAAAACGCAUAAUGGAGGGUCCACUAGUAAAUGUGAGUUUGAAGUUUUAAUUUCUGAUUCACUUGAAAAUCAUACACUUUAAUUAAUGUAUUAAGUUAUUCUCCGUUUGAUAUCUGUGUUUUACAUAUCAGAACAGAUGUAGAGCAUUGUGUGAGAUGUUUUUUAUGUUUUUUUUCUGGCUCUCAGAUGGCAGCAGUUUGUCCUUUGCCUGUUGUCCCAGGCAGAGCCAGAAGAGAACUCUUGUUUGUCUUAGUCAGAAUAGUAGCAUUUGAUCUGAGGAGAAUGAUGGGUGGGUUUUUUAACCUAUUACGAGCCAGCAAUUUUCCAUUUGUUCAAAUAGCUAUGGGGGAGCUAACUAGGCAACUCCUCUGGAGUUCAAUUUUAAAAGUAACUUGUGGAUUGAAUAGCAACAGUGGGGUUUUGCAUAUCAUAACUUAACCCUGUUGAAGACAAAGACAGGUCAUCUUUGGCUCCACUAAUCAAUUUAGUUGCAUAAUAGUUAAACCAUGCUCUUCCAAUUAGAUCCACUCUGCCAAAUGCCUGCACCCACUGAGAUUCUCAGUGACUUCAUUAUAAUGUCUGUUAGAUUUUUUUUUAAUUGUGUAUUAGAAGGGUGUUAUGCUGCUAUGUGAGAAAUGGGAUAUAGGAAAUGAGCUCUAGAUGACAGGAAGUGACUAUUUUAUCAGGGUGUGGCUUUUAAGGGCUCUUCUCCAAUAAGCGUUUUAAAGAUCUUGAUUCUGGAGAUUAAUAUUGUUAACUCUCUUGAGAGUUGCUUGUCAAUGCACCCAACCAAAAGCAAGUUGCUAACUAGCAGUUAUAUGAAAUAAAGAAACAAUCAUAUGAAAACAACAAGAAGAUUUUGAAAUUAAAUAAAAAAUGUUGUGUCCUACAGUAUACUGUGAAUAUUUGAUAGAGGAUUCACAACAUAAAUCCUUUACAUAGUCUCACAUUGUUGUUUCCAUAGUUACUGAGUAAGGUGGGCCAUGAAAUAUCUCCCAUUUAAAAGAGAGGUUUUCAUUUAAGUGUUGACUAUAAAUGAUAAAAUUUCCAGUACACGAAAUUUUAUUUUGUAAACAUCCAAGAUAAAGGCAAGUUGGUGGUCUCAGUUCAGUGGACGGAUAGUCACUAGCACAGUUGAUGCUAAUCUGUACUCUUGUUAGCAGUUUUGGAGAGGCCAUAGAGACUUGAAUUACAUUCUCAUUCCUAAAUGUGGUCCCUUAGGUGAGAUUUGAGGGAUGCUCAAAUGGGUCAGGGCAGAAUGAAAGAGGCUUGCAACUACUGCUACCCAUGCUAUAUCUGUUCUGGGAAUAAAUAUAGGACUUCAGUCUCUAGUGCUAAUGGAGCCAUCGUCUUUCUCAAAUAAUGAAUUUACUUCUUCCUCCUCUAAAAAGGUUAAAGGAUAAUGGCAGGAAAAGUGAAAUGGGUAACUGACAUAGAAAAGUCCGUGCUAAUAAAUAACUUUGAAAAGAGAGGAUGGAUUCAGGUGGCAGAAAAUGAAGACUGGAAUUUUUACUGGAUGAGCGUACAAACCAUCCGCAAUGUUUUCAGUGUGGAAACUGGUUACCGGCUUUCUGAUGACCAAAUCGUCAACCAUUUCCCGAACCACUAUGAGCUGACACGGAAGGACUUGAUGGUGAAAAAUAUCAAGAGAUAUAGGAAAGAACUAGAAAAAGAAGGGAGUCCUCUUGCAGAGAAAGAUGAGAAUGGAAAAUAUAUUUAUUUAGAUUUUGUGCCUGUCACCUUUAUGCUCCCUGCUGAUUACAACCUGUUUGUUGAAGAAUUCAGAAAAAAUCCUUCCAGCACCUGGAUUAUGAAACCUUGCGGGAAAGCCCAGGGCAAGGGGAUAUUUCUUAUCAAUAAACUCUCUCAAAUUAAAAAGUGGUCUCGAGACAGUAAAACAUCUUCGUUUGUUUCUCAAUCUUCUAAAGAAGCCUAUGUAAUUUCUCUCUAUAUCAACAAUCCAUUACUGAUUGGCGGGAAGAAAUUUGACCUGCGCUUGUAUGUUUUAGUGUCUACGUAUCGUCCGCUGCGGUGUUACAUGUAUAAACUUGGAUUUUGCCGGUUUUGCACAGUAAAAUAUACACCAAGUACAAGCGAAUUAGAUAACAUGUUUGUACAUCUUACAAAUGUUGCCAUUCAGAAACAUGGGGAUGACUACAAUCAUAUCCAUGGAGGCAAAUGGACAGUGAGUAACUUGCGCUUGUAUCUAGAGAGUACUCGUGGAAAGGAGGUCACUAGCAAACUGUUCGAUGACAUUCAUUGGAUAAUUGUGCAGUCGCUGAAGGCCGUUGCACCUGUAAUGAACAAUGAUAAACACUGCUUUGAGUGCUAUGGAUACGAUAUUAUCAUCGAUGACAAGCUUAAACCAUGGCUUAUUGAGGUCAAUGCUUCCCCUUCUCUUACCUCCAGUACAGCCAAUGAUCGUAUCCUCAAAUAUAAUCUUAUUAAUGACACACUUAACAUUGCUGUGCCUAAUGGUGAAAUUCCAGACUGUAAAUGGAAUAAAUCUCCACCAAAAGAAGCUCUUGGAAAUUAUGAGAUUUUGUAUGAUGAAGAGAUGGCACAAAGUGAUGGAGCUGAUCGUGAUUUGAGAAGCCGUUCUGGGCAAUCCAUUGGACUAAAAGGAAAUCGAGCAAGAGAUUCAGGAAAGCCCGUGCUCACCACAUGGAAGUAGUGACAAAAUCAAAUUAAUAUCAAAUCAGAAAUAUUUUACUGAAAUUCAGUGUUAUGCUCUUGGCAGGAAAUUUUGAACUGAGGACUCAGGGCUUUCUCUCCUUUGGACGGCUUCCUUCUCUAUUGUGUAUGGGAGUUAAUAACUCUGAAACGGGACAAAGAA